UUUAGGGACAAUCGUGCAUGGAAAGAAAAGCCGACGGCGCCGAAGAGUAUUCCAGAGAGAAAAUAAGGGCUCGAAACCUCCACACAUCGAAGCAAUGGCCACCGCCUUGAGCUGCGGCCAGACCAUCCUCCUCGCUCCUCCUUCUUCCUCCUCCUCUUGGUACAAGGAUGUGAAUCUUAGAGGAGGCACCAAGCUCAACAGGGUUGCAUUCAAGUUCAAUCCAAAGUCACUGCCUAUAUUGUCAACCAGCAGACCACCUAAUCAAGUUCUGCAUGUACUGCCCAGAGGACUGCCAAGCUUGGACCUUUCUGCGGUAUCAUCCACAGUGCUAAGGGGGAAUGAAGCUGGCCGGUCACAAAAAACAUCCAUUCUACUCAGACAACGCAAAUCUUCAACAUUGGUACAAGCAAAGAAGGAUAAUAGUUCAAUCACUAUGCCUUUCCCGAAAAUGACUGAGAAGCCAGAGUGGUGGUGGAGAACUUUAGCAUGUCUUCCUUAUUUAGCAUCUUUGCAGAUGUCCGAAGUUGGCUUUUAUAUUCAGCCAUUUGCAGAACACUAUCAACUCUUUGGAAAUUUGAUUUAUUUUGUCCCCGGAGCAAUAAAGAGGCUACCCUGGUGGUUCACAUCUGCAUAUUGUGUAGGGGCAUAUUAUGGAGUGGUGAAGAACAAACAGUGGCCUCACUUCUUUAGGUACCAUGUGAUUAUGGCCAUGUUGUUAGAUACGAUGCUGCAAGUGGUAGGGCAAUCGAGCAAUCUCUUUCCACUCAUCAACUUCAAUGGUACAUUCGGCAUAGAGUAUUGGGCAGCCCUGGCAUUCCUGUACAUUUUGAUCUUGUUGGAGUGCAUAAGGUGUGCUCUUGCUGGCAAGUAUGUUAAGUUCCCAUUUUUCAGUAUUUCUGCUCUAGUUCAUACUUAUUUUACCGUAGAAGGCAGGCUCAGACCUUUUUGAAGAGUAUCAUCUUGCUUAGGCCAUAUAAUAGGGUUCUAUGCUCUUUAGAGUAUUAUGUUCUAAGUUCUUUAGAGUCGGUCUUUGUUGUAAAGUAUUCACAAAAUCAUUGGAUUGUCGAAUUUGGAUCAAACUGAGAGGAAAUAUUUAAUACUGAAAGUAUGGCAUUGAUGAUGAAAUGUUGCAAUAAGAACUAUUUUGAAUGAAGGCUUUGGUAUUGAUGUUUGUGUGUGAAUUUCACUGUGUCAUGACAAUAGUCCUUUUUGUAUCCAUUUUGUUAUGAAUCUUUUGAGGUUGAAG